AUGCUUCAGCCCGAAUGCCCCCACAUUCAAGGGGGUAUAGAUCUUAUAUCCAAGUUAUUCCGGUGUCCGAAACUUCAAUAUCUGCAUGUUAUGGACGCUUGGGGCGAAGGACCGCUUCACUGUCCGCAAGUCCCAGAGCAUCUUCAAGUCUCAUUGAAGCUCGACGGCUAUACGUCCUGGGAACGGAUGGAAGAUUAUUAUCGUAUUAUACCGCGUGCUCAUCACCUCGCCACUGCCCUAAUUAUCACCGACCGUGUGCCUUCUGCGUGGCCCAAGACCUUGCGAAGGAUAGGAGUGGCGGGACCUGCCUUGAUGCUCAAAGAAUGUUUGAACGAUUUGAACACCUUUAAAGCCUUCCGACAACCAGAACGAGGUUUGUAUCUCGAUGCGGACGCUCGUAAAGCUAUCCUGUCGUCCGGGUGCUACGAUAUGGUUGUGGAUUUCGAAGCGCAGAUGUUGGACUUUUCUCUGGAAGGAAAUGGUCGGAAACACUGUGGACAAUUGGCGUCACAGCUCGCUUCUAUCAUGCCUGGCCUCAAGACAUUGCGGUUAGGUAUGUUGGGCGACCUCGACAACAUUCGAGGGAAAAGGUGUUUGAAAGACAAGGACAUUACGCAUCUCAUUGAACACCUUCCUUCGCUGCGUCACCUUCAGAGACUACAAUGCAAUAUUGACUACCCUUCUGCAAUUACCGACAUCUUCCGGAAAGAGGCUCUCCUUCGAGCGGACGCCGAGCGCCUUGCAUUAGCUUCCCCAACUUUGUCCUCGAUCAAGCUCUCGAAUUUGCUCACACUGCAUUGCGAGGAGACCAACUGGGAGCAUGUGUUUUUGUCCGUAGACUUCGCCAUUCACCGGGACGGGCGGAAUGUUACCUUGACAGAGUGGAAGUAUAACUUGGUUGAUGUUUCUGACUCGACUCGGGACGUCUGCACGAAACACCGCAUGGCCGGCCCUAGCUCACGCUGA